GCAUGUGGGAUCUCCGUGUCCUGGGAAAGUUGCUGUCAGUAAGAUCCGUGACAGUCAUGGCGCAGGAGCUCCGGGGACUUACCGAUGAACAGGCCUCUAGCGCCUGCUCCGAGCCGGACCCAGAAACAAAGGAUUUUAUGAUGCAACAGACAAUGUUGAGAGUGAAAGAUCCGAAAAAAUCUCUGGAUUUUUACACCAGAAUCAUUGGAAUGACACUUCUGCAGAAAUUUGACUUCCCUGCUAUGAAAUUUACACUCUACUUUUUGGGUUAUGAAGACAAAAAGGAAAUUCCAGCUGAUAAGAAUGAGCACACAGCCUGGACUUUCUCAAGAAGAGCGACUAUUGAGUUGACACACAACUGGGGUACUGAGAGUGAUGAGAACCAAGCCUAUCAUAAUGGGAACUCUGAUCCUAGAGGCUUUGGUCACCUGGGUAUUGCUGUCCCUGAUGUUUAUGCUGCAUGCAAACGUUUUGAGGAGCUUGGAGUAAAAUUUGUAAAGAAGCCAGAUGAUGGUAAAAUGAAGGGGCUUGCUUUUAUUCAGGACCCAGACGGAUACUGGAUAGAGAUUCUCAGCCCAAACCAAAUGCUCACCAUAGUUCCUUAGCUUUGAGGCGUGAGCAGUAACUCAAGUUGUUUGCCCUGAAAACAACUAGAUUUACAUCAGUGACAUCUGGAUAUUUGAAAUACAUUUUGUAAACUGGGACUUUUUCUUUCUUUUGGUUAUCUCUGGAAGUCACUGCUAACCUCCUCAUGCACCAGAAAUCACAUUAACCAAUCCCAGAGAAAGGUUGCAGCUGGAAUAUUCCAUGAAUGUAAAGAAUUGACAAAGUAUAAAAGGCUUCAUAUAUUGUAGUAUUUAACUUGCCUGUACGCAACCUCCCAAUUGCAACCGUUAGUUAGGGGAAGAAAAAGUACAUGCUAACUUUUUGUCACAGAAAUACAAAACAUGUUGAUGGUUUGUUUUGGGACUGUAAACCCACAUGUCCACCUUCUUUAAAGGUAAUUUUAUUUUGCAGCUGUUACUGUCAUACCUGCAAAAAGGGAUGAGGAAAAUCAACUCUCCUCUAUUCUUCCAAUUUAUUCUAACAUCUUGGAAAGUGACUUCUGAAGGACUUGAGUUGAGCUCAGCUGGUUUAUCAUAUGUAAGAAUAAACUUGGGAGCCACGACUGUCUGAAAUUAUCAACAGUGAGUUUUUGCACUAAGGAAGGUUGCUUUCCCCCAAAAAAGUUUUCAUAUUAAAAUUGGACAAUCUAAUCCCUAGUAUACUUGCUCUGUUAUAGGUUAUCAUCUGCUACGACUGACCAGGUAUCUAACUAACUAGUCUGUCUGCUUAUAAAAAGCUGCUGACAUUGUUGGUACUUGCCUUUUGUUAUAACAGUAUUUUGUUUUGAGCUUUGUGAUGGAAAGGACCUUGUUCGCUACACUUCUUGAGAGUCGUCACAUGUGCCAGAUCAUAGAGUAACUGAAAUUGAACCUUAAUUCCUAUUAAUUCACAGCUAAUUUCUUUAAUGUAGAACCAUGACUGUAAUAAAUUAAAAAUACUUUGAGGGUA